UUAACCACUGCUUCUCCUUUCCCUCUGAAUCCUCUUAAAGAAUUAAAUAUGGCACCGGUGGAUACAAAACAUGAAGACAUGGCCAAUUUCUCCUCUUUCCAAAACCUUACAGCUACUUUUGGAAACUGCACUGAUGGAGGGAGCUCAUUCCAGAACGCCUACUUGUCUUUUAUUUAUAUCGCACUCUUCGUAGUGUGCUUUCCUGGGAACAUUCUUGUGAUUUCUGUAUAUGUCUUCAAAAUGAGGCCUUGGAGAAGCAGCACUAUCAUUAUGUUCAAUCUGGCUGUCACUGACCUGCUGUACGUCUGUUGCCUUCCAUUCUUAGUCCAUUAUGCCAUCAAUGGAGAAAAUUGGAUCUUUGGAAACUUCAUGUGCAAGUUCAUUCGAUUCAACUUCUACUUCAACACCUACAGCAGCAUCUACUUUCUCACCUGUUUCAGCCUUUUCCGCUUUGUUGUCGUUGUCUAUCCCAUGAGUUGCUUUUCCAUUCAGAAGCGGAGAUGGGCCAUUGUGGCCUGCACUACAGUCUGGGUCCUUUCGUUGUUGGCUGUCAGUCCAAUGACCUACUUGGUCACAACAAAACAAAGCUCUAACAGAUUAAUUUGCACAGAUUUAACCAAUUCGGAACCCCUGAACUCUGCAAGAUGGUUUAAUUGGAUCCUAACCACAUUUGGCUUCUUCUUGCCUUUAAUAACUGUGACUCUUUGCUAUGCUGUGAUUAUCUACACAUUGGCCCAAGGGCCCCACACUGGCACCAACCACAAGCAAAAGGCCCGUAUGCUAGCCAUUGUCCUUCUAGCUGUCUUCUAUGUGUGUUUCUUACCUUUUCACAUAUUUCGAGGAGUUCGUAUUGAGUUAAAGCUCCAUCCUGUAGACUGCAUCACAAUGAAGCUUGUUCGAGACAUGUUUACUGUGACUACAUCCUUAGCAUCAUUAAAUACCUUUGGCAAUUUAAUCCUUUAUGUUGUGCUUGGGGAUAAUUUCCAGCAGGCCAUUCUUUCGAUCUGUAAAUUGCUCAUAAAAUCACAUAAGAAAUAG